AUUUCCCAGAAUGCACUGUUUCCACUUAGUCCGCCAUAUUGCCUUGGUCCAAACGCGCCGCUGGAUCUGCUCGUCUCACAACUGAAAAUAGACAGAGAUGACCCAGACGGUGCAGACCAACGGGGUCCAGCCCCUCAGUAAAACCUGGGAGCUGAGCCUCUACGAGCUGCAGAGAACUCCACAGGAGGCCAUCACAGACGGGCUGGAGAUCGCCGUGUCCCCUCGCUCUCUCCACAGUGAGCUCAUGUGUCCCAUCUGCCUGGACAUGCUCAAGAACACCAUGACCACCAAAGAAUGUCUGCACCGUUUCUGCGCCGACUGCAUCAUCACAGCGCUGCGUUCUGGAAACAAAGAGUGUCCAACCUGUCGUAAAAAGCUGGUGUCAAAGCGGUCGCUGCGCCCAGAUCCAAACUUUGACGCUCUCAUCAGUAAGAUCUAUCCAAGCCGCGAUGAGUACGAGGCACACCAGGAGAGGGUCUUGGCCCGCAUCAGCAAACACAACAACCAGCAGGCCCUGUCCCACAGCAUAGAGGAGGGGCUCAAGAUUCAGGCUAUGACCAGACUGCAGCGUGGGAAGAGACAUACGGUGGAGAACGGCAGUGGAGCAGAGGACAACGGAGACUCCUCCCACUGUAGCAACGCAUCUGUCCACAGCAACCAGGAAGCGGGUCCCAGUAUUAAGCGCACAAAGACGAGUGACGACAGUGGUCUGGACAUGGACAACGCGGCAGAGAAUGGAGGAGCAGACUCGGCCAUGGAUGGAGGAGCCAGUGAGAUCGAGCUGGUGUUCAGGCCCCACCCCACCCUCAUGGAGAAGGACGACGCUCACAACAGUGUGGAGUUUGUGCCUCGCUACAUAAAGACAUCGGGGAACGCUACAGUGGACCACUUGUCCAAGUACCUGGCCGUGCGCCUGGCCCUGGAGGAGCUCAGGAGAAACUCUGAGGCUAGUCCUGUGAACGUGGAGGCAGCGUCAGAGAAGCAGUACACCAUCUACAUCCCCACAGCAGGAAACCAGUUCACCGUCCUCAACGGCUCCUUCUCUCUGGAGCUGGUCAGUGAAAAGUACUGGAAGGUCAACAAGCCUAUGGAGCUCUACUUCGCCCCCACCAAAGAACACAAGUAGACCCCCUCCUCUCCCCUUCUGAGGAACUCCCUACCACUCCCACACUCUGACGACCGAUUAUUAAUGGGGCAGGGCAGACUGGAACGCUCGCGCACACACACACACCGCAGCCAAGCCCGCGUGUGUGUCUGAGGGAGAGGGGUGAACUUUGACCCCUCCAUGGACUUCUGUAAAAAAAAAAAAGACAAACUGUUUUAUAUCCUGUAUACGUGUCUCUUCUUGGGUGUUUCUGUCUGUAGGAGGUAGCAGAUCAGUUCAGCAAAUCGUCUCCCAAGUCUGUGCAAACGCAUCGGACGGACAGCAGGGGGCCUCAUUCGCCAAGAUGCACUAAGGUUUAAAUGCGUUACAAGUCGACUGGUAUUUUUAUUUGGAAGUCUUGUUUCUAUUGAUACUUUGCAGCGACAUCACGCUGGGGGUGUUGUACAUGUAUCCUUAUGAUGGACUGUUCAGCAGUUACCAUGCCAACACAAUGCACACAUUAGCAAAUACUGUCAAAACGUUUGAAACUGAAGACAAAAUACACGAUGGAUUAAACAACACAUUUUCAGGAACCUGUGAUCAAGUGUUCAUGGUCCUGCUUUGGUGUUUGAUUUUCAACAAAAAGGUGAGGAUGUCUAGGUAACUGUUGACUGUUAUUUUAUGUGAGACUUGUUUAACAGCACAAAUCCUGUUGUAGUUCUUUCUGGUCAGAUUGUGGUAAAGCAAAGCUCAGAUUAAAGACUAACUUGAGUAACCGAGUUUCAGACAGUAGAGCUUUGAGUUGGCUUCACACCCCCCGGGGAAUGUUAAUGACAUCAGCUGCAAAGUAUCAGUUAGUUUUAAUAUGAAAUGCAGUGGAAGCAGAUGAGAAACUGAAACUUUAUAUUUUCAUCAAAUUUCUAAGCUCCAAGAAAAAGAUGAACCAUGUUACUUUUUUGGUGGAGGUUCAGCCACCUGCUGGUCUGUUUUUGCUUUGUCUAGAAUGUUCUACACUUCUAAACUUGUGUAUCUCCAUGGAGACAAGCGCUUGAUUCAGGCAGGCCAAGUUACAGGUCAGAUCGGUGGAGAGGCGAGCCUACAGCUGAGUGUUUUUUAGUCAAUGAAACACUUGUAAUUGAGUAAAUACAAGAUGGCAAGUUUAACUGAUUUAAGUGUGGAAAAUUCUAGACGAAAAUCUCCGUGGAGAUAAGCAAGUGGCAACGAUUCCACCUGAAAAGUUACAUAGUGCACCUUUUAAAUUGCACCUUUAAAGUUUUACAAGUUAAUUAUGCGAGGACUUCCAAGUUUGCUGUCUGUAGUGCUGCCGGUUUUGGUAUUUUUAUUAAUACCACAAAAAUGUAAAGUUACAGAACCCAGCUCAACUAGAAUGAUGCCAGGUAUACCAGCUUUUCUAUAGAACAGGGUGCAUAAUUUGUACAUAAAACAUCAAUCCAAGAAGUAUUCUGAUGCAAAAAUGCCUGUAUAAAGGUUUAUCAUUCAGUCAGAUAUAGGCAUGUUUUUUUCCCUUUGUGGCAAAACAAAUAAAAUAUGAAUUUGUAAUAUUUUUUUCAGAUAGGCAGCUUAAUUAAAAUAUUAGGGUUUUUUCAUUUAACUUCACAGUGUAAAUCUUUGGAUGUGAUAUGGUAUUGAGGCCUUAUUUUCAGUGUAGGCAUUUCUUCCUUUGUUCUUGGUGAAUGACGUCCCUAUGUCACGAUGCUAUGUAAAAAUCCUCGUUUGUAUCACUACGGGCCUCUUUAGACUGUGCAGCUUUGGGGUACAUGUAUUUUUGAAGUCAUCAGUACUUUCCUUUUGGUUGAAAAUGAAAACUGUGAUAUAAAGUGGUUAGAUACCAGAGCAUUGGACAAAGUUGUGCUCCGAAUUAUUCAGAUGCUCCCAUAAACCAUUUUUAUCUAA